AUGCCUCUUUCCCUCCGUCCCGCCGGAGAAGAUGAUAGUGCCAGCAUUGGCCGCGUCGGACAAGCCGCGUUUCAAGACUCUAUUUCUGCGGCCUUGUUUCCCGCUCACUUGCACUCCAAAUCUGAAACAGGCGAUCCUAGGCUCGACGAGGUGCAAUGGAGAGCUGCGAGAAACAUUAGGAGAAUGAGAGAGGGCAAACCGACAUAUGUAGUCGUGGAGGUUUCGGAAGAUGGUGGAGAUGGCGAUGCGCAGGUGGUGGGUUUCGCUCAGUGGGAAUUGCCUUCACAGACAACACCAUCGGUAACCGGCAGUUCUGCCAACGAACAACAAGACCCAUUCCCCCCGUCCCUCGACGAGAAGAUGUUGCGAGAGAUGUUUGAGGCGAUUGAUGAGAUGACGACGGUCGCACUCGGGCCGAGUGGACACAGCAAUAUGUGGUAUCUGAUGUGUCUCGCUAUCGAUCCCGCGCAUCAGCGCCGUGGGAUCGGCAAGAUGCUCCUGCAACAUGGGCUUGACCUAGUGGCGAAGGCUGGUAAAGAUGCGUUCCUCGUCGCCACUGCUGAAGGCAGGGGCUUGUACCGCUCGUUUGGCUUUCUCGACGUAGGCAGACCGGCUGCACUGGGCACCACGCCACACUACCCUAUGUUGUGGAAAAAGCCCAACGUUGACGCAUAG